AAGCUUUUACCUUUUCUGAUAUUUUUUAUGGGUUAUUUUGUGAUUUGCAUCACUUAUUUUUGGGUUAAUAAUAUAGUCUGUUUUUGCACGGAUUGUUUGUUGAUUCUGUUCUGCUGCUUUUCCUUAUUGCUACCCCUAUUACCCCACUUACCAAAAUAAUCAUAGCUUAAGUAUAAACUGAUACUAACAUUUUUCACUUGUUUCAUGAUCAGAAUUCUUUCUGUUAUUGCGAUUCCUGUUGUAGAAUACAUGAUGAUCGAUGAUAUUCUUAGUGGAAAUAAUAUUAAUUUUCCUGGCAAGUCUGUUAGGAGACAAUUAAUUAGAGGGUAACCAUUUCGGCCAAAAAGAAAAAGUGUAAUGAAUGCUACUGAAUUCUGGAUGGUUUCUGUAUUUGUCCAUAUAUAUGCGACAGAUUGAAUUCAAUAGAAUAUUGCUAGUUUGUCACAUUGGAAAGAAAAUAAUAAAAAUAAAACUCUGUUAUAUCAUAGAAAACUUCAUUUUUUUGGCUAACUUUAAAUGCUCCAUUGAGUUUUUGUAAUUUGCAGCCUCAAUCACCAUGUAGGAGCUACACGAUGGAGGCUAUUGGACCGCUUUGUUGUACAAAGGAUGGUGUCUAUAUUGCUGGUGCAGCUCCGUCUGGGAAUGCUUAUAUUUGGGAGGUUUCUAGUGGAAGAUUGCUUAAAACAUGGCGUGCUCAUCAUAAGUCAUUCAAGUGUAUGGUCUUUUCUGACGAUGGCUCUCUUCUUUUUUGUGGGUCUGAAGAUGGUAUAAUCUAUGUUUGGUCUAUGAUUAGUUUGCUAGAUGUGGAUGAUUCUGGGAGCUUUCCUUCUUUGCUACAUUACUUGUCAGAGCACAGUUCAUCUAUAACUGGGCUAUUAACAUUAACAAGAUCAUGUGGCACAAAUUCAAUUUUUAUAUCAAGCUCACUUGAUGGGACAUGCAAGGUUUGGGACCUAAUCUCAGGAAGGCUUUUACAAACUCAAGUUCAUCCUACAUCAAUAACUGCAAUCACUCUUCAUCCAGUAGAGCAGAUUUUGUUUUCUGGUACAAUGGAUGGAAGAAUAAUUGUUAAUGAGCUUGAUGUUGGAGCAGGGGAGGAUUCUCUCAUUGUCAAGGAAGAUCAAGCACUCUUUCCGGAAGGACACAAUGGAUCCAUAACUGCAUUGACAUUCAGUGGAUUGGGACUGAUAUCUGCAUCAGAGGAUUGUACUUUCUGUCUUUGGGACAUGACCAACAGGGUGAUAGUUCGAAGAUUCAACCAUCAAAAAGGUGCUGUGACAAAUGCGUUAGUGAUUAAACUAUCCUCAUUGUUUCCCAUGCCAAACCAGCUAAGAGUUUCCAAUCAGUUCCGUAUUUCUUUGCUUGAAAAGUGUCCUCCAUCAGCUAAAAUGAGCAGAGGAAUGGUUGCUUCUCUUUCUUGGUGUCUUUCCCCCAAUGAGCUAACUUCCACUGAAUUCCAGAGAACCAAUUUGUUAGACCACCAAAUAUUCCAUUCAGAGGUCUUUCACCAUUUUCCUCUGUCAAGCAUAGACGAUUUGGUGUUUUCUGUUCCUGCUAUUUAUUCUUUGUUGGACUGUUUCAGCCAAUUUAUACAAGGGAAGGCUCACAGCCACUAAUAUUGUUACAUUGAACUCUCUUGUUUUGAAAUGUGUGCAGCAACAACGGACACCUACAGCUAUGCAAAUGAAAGUUGAGAGAAGUAUGUCUGACCGGAUUUGGGCAACAAGUAUGACAAAGCAUGUUAUGGAGAUAAAUAGGCAUUUACAAUCACAUUUGCUGAACCUGAUGGAAAGCCGCCUGUCAAGGCCUCAUGAAAACAGUAAAAGGAAGAAGCCCAUGAUUGAAAAUCCAGAAGAUUUGGAGAAGCAGUCUCAGUCAUCAGGUUAACCUUUUCGGUUUGAAAUAAGAGUGUCUUUGAGAUUUUGAACCUUCUUUAGUUUAUAACUCAUAAUCAUGACAUGACUCAUAAGCAUCCUUUUUUAAUAUAUAUACUCCUCCCUUGUGUUUUUAUGUACGUAGAUUUUGAACCUUCUGCAAGGUCGUUUUGGAAAGCCAUCGACCUGCACGUUCAUUCAUGAAG